AUGGACGCUUCAGAUUGGAUAACGGGAGUCUGCUGCUCAGUGAUAGCCUCCUUGGUUGGGGCCGCCUCGACAUUGACCAUUCGCAAGUCUUGGCUCAUGGAAGAAGUUUCCGAGCAACCAAGCAGCUAUCAAGCACUAAACUUGGAAGACAUCCAUCCCCACGAAGAGUACAUAGAGACAAACUUUGAAGAGGGAUCAAUACACGGUGACAAUUCCAAUGGAUCUCCGCUGGUCGAAAUAGAAUGCGGCGAUGAUGAAGGUCAAGGGCGGUGUUUGGGUUGUCCGCAAAGCCACACUGAUUCUCCAGUACAGGGUGACAACACAAUCCCUCUAUUGGGUGAAUUCCCACCUUCCUGCUGUUGCUGUGCCGCAUCAAUACUUGGAUGCUGCCAUUGCUGCACCUUGGCCCGGAUCCUUCGCUUCACUGGUAUGCUUGGCAUUUCAUUGUUGUGCCCUCCUCUUGUCCUGGUAGCCAUGGAGUAUGCCACUCCCAGUAUCCUAGCACCCUUUUCUGGCCUUAACUUGGUUUGGGUAAUUGUCUUCAGCAAGUCAUUGGUGGGAGAGGAACCAAGCUUUGCACAAAAGGUAGCUUCAACACUAAUUGUGACGGGAGAAGUAACAGUGGCGAUAUUUGGAGAUCACAACAAUGAGGGAGAUGCCACCCGUGCAUCCGUUGAGGCCUCCUAUCGAGAAGGACCCUUCAUUGCCUACUUCUUGAGCUCUGCCGUCUAUGUGGCUCUCAUCACAUUGUGGAUUCGGAGUCCUACUACUAUACGGAGCCUUAGACGGUUUGCUUGGGGGACAAGCGGAGGCGCCAUUAGUGGGAUGGCACAGUGCUUUGUCAAAGACAGCUUGAUUGUCGUUUCAACCUUUAAAAAGGGACCAUCCAUAUCUAUUCCCUGGUAUUUGCCAUUAUUCAUCCUCCUUGCCAUUGGUUUGAGCUUAGGGGGGCUACUACUCAAUACAGCCACAAUGAAGCGCUAUGACGCUACUUUUUCUCAGGCCGUGUCAGUAGGGAGCUACGUGGUCAGCACCAGUCUGAUGAGUGCAGCUCACUAUCAUACUUUUGAACACCUUGACAGCAUUGCCAAUCUAGUCAUGUAUCCUAUUGGUUUAUUUAUUCUCAUGCUGGGAGUCGCCAUUCUAGUUCAAGGCAGUGGAAGCAGCAAUCCCAGCUGGGCUUAUUCUGAAGAUGUGGAUGACCCCAACCAUGAACUGUUGAGGGAAGGAGCGGACUUGGCCAUUGCAGAAGUCAACGAACUAUUCGUCUACGGGGAACAUCCAACUAUUGAAACUGAUGAUCAGUGA